AUGCGGAUGAGUUGUAACGGUUGUCGAGUACUAAGAAAAGGUUGCAGUGAAAAUUGUAGCAUAAGACCUUGUUUGCAAUGGAUCAAAAACCCUGAAUCACAAGCUAAUGCCACCGUCUUUUUAGCUAAAUUCUACGGUCGUGCCGGUCUCAUGAACCUCGUCAACGCUGGUCCCGAACAUCUUCGUCCAGCAAUUUUUCGAUCGUUGUUGUAUGAAGCAUGUGGUCGAAUCGUGAACCCAAUUUACGGUUCGGUUGGUUUAUUAUGGUCGGGGAGCUGGCAGCUAUGUCAAGCCGCGGUGGAAGCCGUUUUAAAAGGCGCGCCGAUCACGCCGAUUACUUCAGAAGCGGCUACUCAUGGAAGGGGUCCACCGCUGAAGGCUUAUGAUAUCCGCCACGUGUCAAAAGAAGAGAACUCGGCUGCAUCGAAUGAGUUGACUCAGCAGCGAGUCAAGACUCGAUCUCGUAAGCGGUCGAGCUUGGCUAAGCCGAAGUUACAAGAGGAGGUGAAGAGUGGAAAUGAUGAUAAGAGAAUUGAAUUUGGUUCGGUUGAACCGGUUGAAGAGGUUAUUGUGAACCGGGCUGCGAGUCAUGAGUCGUCGAUUAGCCAUCAGUCUGAGGCGGUGAAUGCGGUGGCUGUGGUGGAUUUGGAGAGUAAAGAAAGUGAAAGUAUGGCUUCUGUUGAAACGGCGGAGAAUUCGAUGAACUUGUUUAGAGAUGAACCGGAGUCGAACCGGAGUUUGAAGCGGACGGACCAAACCGGUGAGGAAAAUGUUGGGUUAGAGCUGACUCUUGGGUUGGAACCGGUUUCGCGUGUUUAUCAUGUUGUUCCUGUUAAGAAAAGAAGGGUUGAGUUGAAGGAUUGUGGUGGCGGUUCGUGGAAUGUGGAGCUGGGGCUUCAAUAUCCGGUUUAG